AUGAACUCCAUCGACCCCCAGUCCCAUCACCAGCACCAGCACCACCAGCACACCUCCCCUACCGUCGGCUCUCUCCCACCCAAAGGCGCCCAGGAGGCCCCGGACAUGGCCGCUGUGUACUGCGACAACUUCAGCAGCAUGUACCAUCAGCAGAGCCUGCAGGGCGCGCAGAGACCCGCGGGCUACGGCAUCGGGGAUUACGCGUCGUCUCCAAACCCGUACCUGUGGCUCAACGGGCCGGGCGUCAACUCCUCCGCGUCCUACCUGCACGGAAACAACCCGGCCUCUUUCAUCCCGCCCUCCUACAGCUCCCAGAGGCAGUUCAUCACCAACUCACCUGGCUUCGGGGGACCAGACCUGGGCUGGCUGUCCAUCGCCAGCCAGGAGGAGCUGCUGAAACUGGUCCGGCCGCCGUACUCGUACUCCGCGCUCAUCGCCAUGGCCAUCCAGAACGCGCAUGAGAAGAAGCUGACCCUGAGCCAGAUCUACCAGUACGUGGCUGACAACUUCCCCUUUUAUAAGAAGAGCAAAGCCGGCUGGCAGAACUCGAUACGACACAACUUGUCUCUGAAUGACUGCUUCAAGAAAGUGCCGAGGGACGAGGACGAUCCAGGAAAAGGAAACUACUGGACGCUGGACCCGAACUGUGAGAAGAUGUUUGACAACGGGAACUUCCGCAGAAAAAGAAAAAGACGAUCCGACCCGAGCAGCGCAGGAGGAGCAGCAGCAGUCGGAGCAUCAGGAGCCAAUAAAGUGGAGGACGGCAGGCCAGCGUUGGGGGCCUCCCUAAAGCCGUCUGACAGCCCUCAGCUGCUGGGGCCAUCCUCUCCAGAGAUGGAGGCCAUGAACGAGAACCACAAGGGCUCAUCGUCGUCAUCCUCACCGCCGGGACUGUCCACCGGUGCUUCGUGUUUUAAUAACUUUUACAGCAGCAUGUCCACGCUCAGCUCAGGGGGCCCCAGCCGGCAGGGGUCCCUGGGACUGGUGAACGAGCUGUCAAACAGGAACAUUACAGCCCUGAGCCCGUACCACCUGAACCACGGCGGGCAGGACACGGGGGCCGCGGAUCACGGCGAGGGGCUGCAUUUUAACCGUGGAGUGUACUACAACACGUUUGGCAGCGGGCAGAGCGGACAGUUCAACAGUCACUUCUACAACAGCUUCAGCGUCAACAGCCUGAUUUACCCACGGGAGGGGAGCGAGCUAUAG